GUCUACACCAUCUAUCCCUUCGGAGAGAAGUUUGGAAUUCAGGCGUUCUGUGACAUGAAAACAGAUGGGGGCGGUUGGACGGUGAUCCAGAGGAGAAUGGAUGGGACUGUGAACUUCUACAGACCCUGGAAUCAGUACAAGACUGGCUUUGGUGAAGCUGAUGGAGAGCACUGGCUGGGACUGGAGUUCAUUCACAUGUUGUCCAGUCGACAGCCACAUGAACUGUUGGUGGAGAUGGAGGACUUUGAGGGGAAGAACGCCUCCGCUCGCUACUCAUCCUUCUCCGUAGCCUCUGAAUGUGAUGGGUACAGACUGCAGGUGUCGGGGUUCACUGACGGAGGAGCAGGAAACAGUCUAGUAACUCACAAUGGCAUGAAGUUCUCCACCUUUGACAACGACCAGGACACGUGGUCAGACAACUGUGCUAAAAAGUUCCUUGGGGCUUUUUGGUACAGCGGCUGCCAUGACGCCAACCCAAAUGGAAUCUAUCGCUGGGGCGCAGACAAAACCAUCUUUGCCAUCGAUGUGGAGUGGAACAGCUGGAAAGGACGAGACUACUCCCUGAAAGGCAUAAGCAUGAAAAUCCGCCCUGCAAAUUAGAGAUACAAAGAUGAAC